CGCGCGGCAAGGAGGCAGCGGCGGACAUGGCGCAGAUCCGGGAGCGCGAGUUCCACGCCCUGCUCGAGCAUUUUUGCGAUCCAGCCGCAUACCCGGACACAGAGACGCUGAAGAGAAACUCGCUCGUAGAGAAACAGACCCAUCAGGUCUUGAUCGGGCUCGUCACGCCCGCACAGUUCCGCGAAAAGGGCGUCGAGCCACCGGACUGGCUGCGCGAGCGAGCGCUCUUCCGCACCUUACCAUCAGACCACAUUCGCAGUGAUAAUGAUCACGGCGAGUCUUCAUCGGGCUCGUCGUCCACCGACACCGACUGGGCGGCGGCGCUGACCCGCGCGGACUCGCCCGUCGCCGCCAGGGCCGUCGUCAUAGCAGGACUGACGCAGCGGUUGUCGCGCGCGCUGGGUAUCGCGGCCGAGGAGAUCGACCUCCACCGCCCUGUCGCGUCCCUGGGGGUCGACUCGCUGCUGGCGAUCGAGCUGCGGAAUCUGUUCGCGCGGUCCUUCAAGGCGGACAUGGCCGUCUUUGACAUCACGGGGGCGGCGAGCCUGGAGGAUCUGGCGGGGUUGGUGGUGGCGAGGAGUGAGCUGCGCAAGAAGGAGAGUGAAUAA